UUAAUCGUCCGUCCAUAAGCGUUGCGCAUCCGGUGAUGUCGACGGAAUAAGAGGCUAAGAAGACCCGGAGUUGGUUGGACACACUCCUCGUCGGAAACGAGGAUCGCGCGUGCCUUUGGGGGCGUACCUCGAAUUGUGUAGACUUAACCGCGCGUCAGUUUCUUUAGUGUCACCCGGUCUUUGAAUGGUAAAACACCGACGGAGCCCUAGCGUUGAUUCAGUGCGCGAUGAUGACAUUAAGUGCUUAAUGCUGUGUGGAGCAUCGAGAUAACAAUGCGUAUAUGGAAAGAGGAUUUGCGCUGCUGCCACGAAACCGGCGACUUUGGUUCGAGGAUGAGCUCCGUGCCUCACGAUUCGGUUAAUUGACGAACAAAGCGAUGACAGCUGAUAAAAAUGACUCUAUAGUCUGCUUGUAAAUCGACCGAAUGAUGAGUGGAGCCCCGAUUCCGGAUGUCGGGCAAAGCUGGCUGAAAAGCAACUCCUCUUUGGCCGGCUUUGAAGUCAACUCUUCGGAGCAGCUGACCACUCCGACGCCGACUGAUAUCAAUUCGUUCUACUUCUACAAGACCGAGCAGUUCACCGUACUCUGGGUGCUGUUUACAAUGAUCGUUCUGGGUAAUUCCGCCGUUUUAGUUGCCCUUCUCGUUAGCAAAAGUCGAAAAUCUAGAAUGAAUUUCUUCAUCUGCCAACUUGCCAUUGCGGAUUUAGCGGUAGGCUUAAUUAGCGUGUCGACGGACAUUGCUUGGAGGAUAACGGUGGCUUGGUAUGCUGGAAACGUCCUUUGCAAAAUCAUACGUUUUCUCCAAGCUGUGGUAACAUAUUCUUCGACUUAUGUGCUCGUCGCCCUGUCCAUAGACCGAUACGACGCCAUCACUCAUCCCAUGAACUUCUCCGGGAGCUGGAAGCGUGCGAGGGUUUUAGUAAUGCUGGCGUGGCUUCUUAGUAUUCUGUUCUCCUUACCUACGGUUUUCCUUUUUGAGGAAAAACAAGUCCAAAGUAUGCCGCAGUGUUGGAUAGAUCUGCAAACGUGGCAGUGGAAGGUUUAUAUAACCCUUGUAGCCCUAGUCCUCUUCGUUUUUCCCGCUCUUAUCAUAAGUGCUUGCUACGCGGUCAUCGUUCGGACGAUAUGGUCCAAGAGCAAGCUGCUCAUACCCGUGGGGCACAUCCCCAUAAGGCAGUGCGACGACCAUCGUGAUAGACCUCCUCGACAUUUCCACGAAGAGCACGAUACUCGGCGUGCUAGCUCGCGGGGAAUCAUUCCUCGCGCUAAAAUUAAGACUGUAAAAAUGACUCUCGUCAUCGUUUUUGUGUUCGUGCUAUGCUGGAGUCCCUACAUAGUAUUUGACUUGCUCCAAGUGUAUGGCCACAUUCCGAAGACUCAGACAAAUAUUGCCAUAGCUACAUUAAUUCAAAGCCUGGCACCACUGAAUUCAGCUGCCAAUCCCGUAAUUUAUUGCCUCUUCUCCACACACUUGUGUCGAAAUUUACGAUGCUCCUCAUUACUAAAACAUUUAAACUUCGAUCCGUGCAGAAAGCUGCCACCGUUCACGUGGAUAUCCAACUGCCUGUCGUUGUGUUUUCCCGGAGUCCAGGGCUCCGGACACUGUCUGGGUUACGGCAGCGGCGACUCCAGCGGCACCGUCACCACCUCACUGACCCAUUCCACGCGAAGAUCUGGAUCUGCAGCCUCCCUGAGGCACACAAUUAGGCUCCAGCCCGCCCUUAACAACACUCAUAAGGUCGCCAUCUCCGUUGUCUAGUCACUAGGUGUGUUAUGGUUAAACAGGAGCUGGCUGAGCCCCAGGCCAAAUCCCUGCUCCAUUACGGAACUAAUCAAGGCAUUUUACGUAACUUGAAGCAGCGGAGUGAGAAAAUCACGGGCGCCGACGAAUUUUUUAAUUUUUUUCAACAAGAACAAAAAAAUUAAAUCGUCUUUUUGCGUCAAAUUUUGAUGAAUUCAAGCAGUCAAACCCCACAAGUGAUUUACAACAACAUAAAAUAUUUGUUUUUUAUGAGGUGGAAAAUUUUAAAAUUCGGGCCCAUGAACAAAUGGUAAGCUUUGGUUCCAAUUAUGUGAUUUUUGUAUACGUUUUUAUUUAUUAUUUAUUAACGAUCUCCCAAUUUUGUUGAUGGAUUAAAGUAGGCCGUGGUAUGGGCCACUGUUGCCAACCACAAUCAGAUAUCACUGCCCUACGUUUUUUUAUUUUAGUUUAUCAUAAUUUACUCUUUAGUAGUGUAAAUAACCAAAGCUUACGCUUGUCUCCUUCCACGAAAAUCCCCACUAAGGCAUUUCUUAUUUGCAUGAACCAUGACAAUAGGACAACAAUAAAGCUCUGUUAGUGCUAGUUUAAAAUAGAAAUCAACACACGUCCACCAACCCUCUCUUGUAAAUAUGUGUAAAUAUGAAUUGAGUUUACGUAAUGUUGUAGCAAUGACACACGUGUUCAGACGUUGUAAAUAUGUGUAAAAAUAUACUGUUAAACAGGGUGUUUACAAUGUUUUAUGUCCAGCUCCAGUAUUAAGUGUUGAAUUAAAGCAUUUUAAAGUAUAACUUUUCUUUUCUUAUUUUGAUAAAUGACAUCACGGCACGGUUGUAAAUAACCCGGCGCAUCCACCAUGUUUACGUGUUGAAUACUUUUAGUUUAAAAAUAACAUGAACGAGAAAUAGAGAUGUUUACAGUAUACCUACUCUAAUGAAAAUAGAGAAUUAUUUAUUGUAUAAAUAAAACUAUUUGUUACAUUUCUACCAUGUAUCUUAAAAGUGUAUGCCUGUAGAAGACGUAAAACUUAGAGAAUUUAAGAUAGUGUUGUAAGUACAAUUUUGUAAAAAUUUCUUAUGCUCAAAGAUAAUGAGAAGAUAUAUUUUAUAUGUAAGAUAUAUUCAGUGUAUUAUAUGUACAAUAAAUACAGGACAAAGA